GAUAAUAAAGAUUUACCGACAAUAAUUAAUGGUGAAAUCAAAGGUUUAACACCUGGUUUGCAUGGUUUUCAUGUUCAUGAAUAUGGUGACACAACAAAUGGAUGCAUUUCCGCUGGUGCACAUUUUAAUCCUUGCAAUAAAACACAUGGCGGUCCAACUGAUGAAGUGAAACAUAUCGGUGAUCUUGGAAAUAUUGAAGCUGGAUAUGAUGGCAUUGCUCGUGUUAAUAUUACCACUAAACAUGCAAAGUUAUUAGGUCCACUUUCAAUAAUUGGUCGUUCAAUUAUUGUCCAUGCUGACCAGGAUGAUUUUGGUCGAGGAGUUGGUAAUGCGAUGCAAGAAAGUUUAAAAACUGGUAAUGCUGGUAAACGUGUUGCAUGUGGUAUUAUUGGUAUUGCUGCAGAUAAUUAAAAUUAUCAAGAUUUUUGAAAAC